AUGAGCAGCAAUACGGGAGACAAUUUAGGUGGCUGGCUGGUGCGCGUUAGGAGUGGUGGCGCGGAUACCCUUUCUUGUGGCGGUUCAUACUAUGGCCCCAUAUUGGUGAUAUCGUCCGCCAAUUGCAUUCAUCCAUUUCGAUACCAGCUGGACGACGCCAGCGUGGUGACCACUGCCAACGCGGAAGAUGAGGAUUACAGCUUCGCCCUUGUGGACACUGUUUACAGUCCAGAAGAGUUCGUAGAAUACAGAACCAACAUGGACAUUGCGUUGGUAAGACUGGACACCCCCUUAAAAGGAACAAUGACCGAGUUCAUUAGAUUGACCAACACUUGGGCAACAAGCGCAACGGUUUUUAGCACAUUCGGAUGGGGCUUCGACAGCCUGGACGUGCAGCCAGCUACAGAUGAGCCAAGAAUGGUAGAAAAUUCAAUGUUUGUUGGGUUAGCUACAUGCAAAAAACGUUUCCAAGCGGGAUUUGUAGCAGACACAAUUAUGUGUGCGACACUGCCCAGAGAUAUGUUCGACUGCAUUUACGACGGCGGCUCUCCGUUAGUGGCGCAGAACGAGCUCUUUGGAAUCGCUUCGGUAGGUUCCACAUGCAGGAACACAUCGAACCCCGGCAUUUAUACGAACUUGAUGUUGCUUAAGCCCUUCAUAAACAAAAUUGAGCGUGGAAUCAGGUCUGGUCAGUUGGAGCGUCGCAAAAGGGAAAUCCGUCCGCAGUGGGAAAGUCUAAAAAGAUCACCGAGCCCAUAA